AUGACCUCAGCUCCAUAUCGGCUGCUCCGUUUCUCACAGCCGGGUUCCCGACAGGGUGGUGACCUACCCCUUCGGGUACUUCGGACUUUGGCGGUGGCCUUCUUGCUGGGCUUCAAAUCCUCGCUGAAGGCUACCUUCUAUGACUCCACUGUGGGCGUCUUCUUUUCAAGCCUCGGCAAGCCUCACAAGACCUUUUUUCACCUUGGUUCACUUCCUCUCCCGACAGCUAAUAUGGCGGUAGUUUUCCGCAAGCCCACUGUGACGGAGACUCAAGAGCAGGAAGCCGCAGAAAGGACAAGAGGCAGCAUGAGGGAAGUACGUUUCUAUCAGAUCAUCCUUGUUCUCGCAUCGCAGCUUGGGCACAUGACCCUGGUGAGCCUGGCCUUGCAGCAGAACAGCAUGGGCGAUGUCGGAUUCCAGGUGCUGGCAAGCGCCUUGGCUGACGCCUUUUGCCUGGAGAUCCUGGAUGUGGGAGACAAUGCCAUUGGAGAAGCCAGUUGUGAGGCUUUUGCAACGAUCUUGAGGAUCCCCACGCUUAAGGAGCUGCGUGCAGACCACAAUCAGCUGGGUGAUGCGGGAGCCAAGGUGGCCGCGGCAUGUCUGAACGAUGAGAUUGCAGCACUUGAACUCCUUAGCUUGGCUGACAAUCACAUUGGCAGAGACGGGCUCGAGGCCGUGGCAGAGAUCCAAGGGUGCCAAAACCGUAUUGGGCUCCGCAUUGGCAUGAACGGCGACAGCGGCUAUGUUGGCCGCUCUUUCGCGGAGGUCCUCGCCCAAAACGCGUCUAUCAAGCUGUUGGACCCAGUCGUCGAGCACAUGAUGACCGACGUUAUGCAAGCUAUGCAGGCCGGCAAUGUCCAUGAGGUCUACUUCGACAGCAACAGUUCUACGAAGGCCGAAAACAGGAGUUGUUGUAGCUGCCGUAGCUGCGUUGAGGCACAGCGCUUUAGUCAGCAUGUGCCCCAGCUCGUGCUGAAUGCUUGCGGUAGCAGUAGUGGAAAGCCUGCUGGUGCAAAAUGCAAUGCGCCCCAGGGCUUGGCUACGGCCUUCCAGGGAAUGUCCUCUCUUGAGAUCGUGGAACUCAUCGACCACGUCACCAUCGGGCACUUCGCGGAGGCCGACAAACUCGGAAACCAGCGCAUGCAGGCCGGCUGA